UGAUGAAGAACCAAUUGAAAUUUUGAUGUCUUGUGAAGAAAGUUGUGAUCUUCCUUAUCUUGAAUCUGAGUUUAUAAAUGAUAAUGAACAGGAUAAUGUAGAACUAACUGUUUUGCAACCGGAGCAUCCGAGUAGCCUUGUUUUGUCUCAACAGGUUUUUGAGGAAGAGCCACUGGAUAUUCCACAUCAGUGCCCAUGUCUUUACACUUGGAUAUCUUUGGAUGAAGUCCCAGAACCUAUCUUUGAUGUGGAGGACGAACCUGAUCCAGUCUUUGCUGAAGAAGCAACAAGCAUCAUAUCCACCUUUAUGGAGAGCCAUCUUUGCUUUGAUUCCGGCACAACUACUGCUCCUUCAUCUCUUUCCCCUUUGCUUCCUGAUCUUCAAGAGCACUGUGAGAAAUCUGAAUUAGUUAUUUCUCUGCCUGACAUGUUUGAUAAGAUCAGUUCUCUUGAUGUGAUUCGUUUUGGUCUUGAUAAGAUAAAAGAAAAUUGUUUUUCAAAAUCUGUUUUUGGAAACAUGAUUAAUUCUUUUAAAAUAUUUGAACCUGAUAAAUUUCUUGAUCAGCAACGUUUUCAAAAUAACCUUGGCAUCAGUUCUGAAAUUAUUUUGAGCUUUGAUCAGUCCCUGGAACAAAGUAAAGUUUUUGAUCAUUUUGAAAAGUAUCUUGAGCUUGAUUUGAAACAAACUGAUUUUUGUGCUACAAAAUCUUUUGAUUCGUUUGUUUUCAAAAAAAAAUAGCUUUGAUCUGAACUCUUCUAGGCAUAGACUGAUUACUGAUGAUUUGUUUGCAUCUUCUCUGGACUUGGACGAUUUCUUAAUUAAAAAAGAUGAAGGAACAUAAUUCACUUGAAACUGAAACUGGUUUUUGUGAACUUGAUUUUUGUGAUUCUGUUUUGCAGCCUGAUCUCUUGAGUUUUGAAAAUGAUAAAACUUGGAAUUUUCUGAGAUCAUCUUGUGAGAAUUUUGUUGAUUUGAGUGUUGAUGAUAUAUUGAUCUAUAACACAUUAUUUGAAAAAUGUCUUGAGUCUUUGAUAGUUGUUUCUCAAUCUGAACUUAAGCUUGUGUGUUCAGAUGUUGAUAAUGAUAUGCAUGUUUUGAAAAUGAUUAAUGUUGUUGCAUAUCUUGAUAAGAUUCUUUUCUGUAAUGUCUACUUUGAUUUGCAUUUUGACAGGCUGAAAAGUGUGCUACUUGUUCUUGGAAAUGAUAUCUUAAUUUUUGAUUGGAACAAGUAUCUCUCUUACACAUUUGAUCCUGGUCUUUUAGUGUUUGUUUUGAGUAUCCAGGAAAGACAGGUUCAGCCUCUGAAUGAAAGCAUUGGCCGUGCCCAACAACCUCAGAUUUGGAGAAGCUUUGUUGUUCAAACCGACUACCUUGCUGCCAGCGACAGAUGUUCAGUCCAAGAAAGAUAUCUCAACAUUCCGAAGGUCUUUUGUCUUGAAUCCAAUUUUACUCGAAAUCCAACUCAUCAAGGAUUCACUGAGGCUUGGAAUCGCAUGAAAAUCGUCACGGAUGAAGAAGUUAUGAAUUUUCCAAACCAAAGGUUCUUCAGUCUGUCUAUCCGCGAGUACCAGAUUUCUAAACGAUAUUCAUGCCCCAUAAAGAAGCGGCCUGAGCCAAAACCGAUCAUAGGGUUCCAGAUGGAUCUCCCAGCUUCUCAGAAAGACCAAAAUCAGAAGAAAUGGCCAUGGGAUCUUGAAGUUAUGAUCCAUACACCAAAACCGGCCAGACCAAAGACAGCACUGCCUUCUUCAUUCAGCCAACAAACCAGAGAAAACCCAACAAAAGAGGCAGCAAAGUGUUCACCACAUGAAAAACAAUUGGAGCUGAUGAUCCUCCAUGACCCAAAUGUGUUUCCUCAGUCAACUUCCUGUCCAAAACAAAAGCACUGUAAGGAUCAUCAGUUGAUUGCCUCUACUCUUCAUGAAAAUGUUUUGAAACCGAGAAUUUCAAAGAGAAAACAUAUUCUUACUUGGUUGAAAAACGUUUUGCUCAAACCUUUUCAUGAAUUGAUUUCAUUGAGCUGUGCUUUGAAAGAGAUUUGGUGUAGGAAAGAGCAUGAACUAAAAUUGCUUAGGCCAAAGAAUUCUUUUGAUUUCGUUCAUGAUGAUAAUUUCUCAAAUUUUGCAUUGUCUCUUUCUUUCCAUAAUAGUUUCUCACUUUGGCCUGAUUUUGAGAUUGAUAAAUCAAUUUUUGGCAACCAGCUUACUUGCUUAAUGCUUGCCCACGUCCUUGAUGAUUAUUCUAAGUGCUUGGAUCAUGUUUUUGGUGUCUUAAGGAUAAAGAAACCCUUUGAUUAUUCCUUUACCAGAUUUGAUGUGGUUUCUCUAGUUGCUUUGAAUAAACAGGAUAAGCAUGAUCAGUUUCUAAGGAGAGCAAGCACCAAUGGAAUGGACGCCAAAAUACUUGGAAUUCCUUGAUGAAAAUGACUUCAAAACUCCAAGGAAGUUUCUGUCCAUAUUUUUCAUUCCCUGAAUUUUCCAUGAAUUUUAAUUCCUUUGUAUCUAAUUCAUCUCUUUUUGGUAUAGGUCCUUUGGAUAUGAGGACAAAUCAUUUUGAAGAAGGAGGGAAUGAUAGACCACGGUCCACGGAUCAGUACAUGGAGCCGAACCAGCCUGGAAAUCAGAACGUUCUGAACAUUUCAACCGAGGUUCAUGUUUUUUACCGUACCAGACAGACUGACCGUGCAGUGUACUGGACAGUCCCGCAUACGUCCGGAAAGAAGCUUUGGCUGGAACCAUGGCCGAUGACCGAUCUGACCAUACUGGGGCUUGUCUUUCCCAUCCAACUUCACAUUUGAAGACAUAUGGUCGAGCUAAAAUCCACUUUGGACGAGCUGGACGAGGUGACACUUACUUGGGCAAGCUAGAUGAGCUGAGUGAGCUAAGUGACACUACUCUGGAGUUGGAUGAGCUGAGUGACCUAAAUGACACUAGCUUAGAGCUGAAUGAGCUAAGCAACACUGAAGAUGGAGCUGGUUCAGCUGCUGCGCGAAAUGGGCUUUUUCAGCCCAAAGAAAAGUUCAUAAAAAGUUCAUUAUGGGAUUGUUUCUUUCCAAAUUCGACCAGUCCUUUCCUCAGUCCAUUUCAAACACAUUCUCAUCAAGAAUACCAAGAGGGAGUCAGCAAGGAAGUCUUGGUCGUGCAUGGGAAAAAGAAUUCAACAAAAAUCAUUAAUUUCGGUCUUUAGUCAAAGUCUUCAUUUCUAGUUACUAUGUCUUGUUUUUUGCACAUUCUUCUUUGGAUUUCUACAACUUGUAAUCCUAUAAAUAAGGCCUUAGAGCCACGAAAUAACACAGAUUGUUUUUCCC